ACCGGGUGCAACCCCCAGUAUAAGACUCCCCCCUACCCAGGAGAUGGCUGGACAAAGAGGCUGGGCCCUGACAUGGGCCAGACGGCAGGCGACCUUGGCUGGCGGCUCAGCCUGUUACUGCUCUCCUUGCUCCUGGUGCAAGCUGGUGUCUGGGGAUUCCCAAGGCCCCCAGGGAGCCCUCCUGUGAGCCUGCAGGAGCUGCGCAGGGAGUUCACGGUCAGCCUGCAUCUUGCCAAGAAGCUGCUCUCCGAGGUCCGGGGCCAGGCUCAUCGCUUUGCUGAAUCUCGGCUGCCAGGAGUGAGGCUGGACCUGCUGCCCCUGGGAGAGCAGCUCCCCAACGUUUCCUUGACCUUCCAGGCCUGGCGCCACCUGUCUGACCCAGAGCGACUCUGCUUCCUCUCCAUGAUGCUUCAGCCCUUCCAUGCCCUGCUGGGAGGCCUGGGGAGGCAGGGCGGCUGGACCAGCUCAGAGAGGAUGCAGCUGUGGGCCCUGCGGCUAGAUCUCCGGGACCUGCAGUGGCAUUUCCGCUUCCAGGUGCUGGCUGCAGGAUUCAACCUGCCCCAGGAAGAAGAGGAGGAGGAAGAGGAGGAGGGGAAGGGGCUGCUCCCAGGGGCUCCAGGGGACUCUGCUCCAGCGUCGGCCCAGGUGUCCUGGCCCCAGCUGCUCUACACCUACCAGCUGCUGCGCUCCCUGGAGCUUGCCUUGUCCCGGGCUGUGCGGGAUUUGCUGUUGCUGUCCAAGGCCGGGCACCCAGGCCUGAGUUGGGGCUCUCAACACCCAGAUCCCAGCCCGGAUGGAGCGAUCUUUUAGCCCCUUUCCCUCACCUUUUAGGACUUCAGGACUAGCUUCAGACCCUGUCCAAUAACUUAAAGCCCCUCCAGUCCUUGCCAGAUAUUUAUUUCUUAGAUAUUUAUUUAUUACUUAGGGAGAUGAUAGUUUAUUUAUUAUUUCAUCCUUGGGGCAGGCUGCCACAUUGCGUGCCUAAUAAAGCCCUCCCACUCUC